UCUUCUCACUUCUCAAUAUUAUUAUUUUCCUCUUACACAGAAUCAAAUUCCCCUACAUCAACCCCACUUUAUCAUACUUCUCUUAGCUUAUAAUUAAUUUUUUUUAUAAAACCUUUGUUCUACUACUCCACAAAUAUUCAUAUAUAUUAAUAUUUUUUUAAAAAAAAAAUGGUUGGUAAAAAUAAUUCCAAUCACCUCCCUCCUGGAUUUAGGUUUCAUCCAACAGAUGAGGAAUUAAUCAUGUAUUAUCUUCGAAAUCAAGCUACCUCCAAGCCUUGUCCAUCUUCAAUCAUCCCCGAAGUUGAUGUCUAUAAGUUCGAUCCCUGGGAAUUGCCUGAAAAAACUGAAUUUGGAGAAAAAGAAUGGUAUUUCUUCACCCCACGUGAUAGAAAAUAUCCAAAUGGUGUUAGGCCAAAUAGGGCAGCUGUGUCUGGUUAUUGGAAAGCCACAGGCACAGAUAAAGGUAUAUAUAGUGGAACAAAAUAUGUUGGUAUUAAAAAAGCUCUUGUAUUUUAUAAAGGAAAACCCCCUAAAGGUAUCAAGACUGAUUGGAUCAUGCAUGAAUAUAGAUUGAGUGAAUCAAGGACUCAACCAACUAGGCCAAAUGGAUCCAUGAGGUUGGAUGAUUGGGUACUUUGUAGAAUUUAUAAGAAGAAGAAUUUGGGAAGAGCUAUAGAGAUGAUGAAAGUUGAAGAAGACACACAAGAACCUCAAAUAAUGAGUGUUAUUACUCCUAUUCAUGAAGUUGUGGCUUCUAAUGGACAACAAACAUUGAAACUACCAAGGACUUGUUCACUAUCUCAUUUAUUAGAAAUGGAUUAUUUUGGAUCAAUUUCACAACUAUUUGAUGACAAUAAUUCAUACAAUACUAUAAGCCAAAAUAAUACAUUAAUGACCAAUGUUAAUGGAUAUGUUGUGCCUCAUCAAGCCAUGGAGAAAUUUCAACUAGGGGAAGUGUCACAAAUUUCUAUGAAUCCAUCCUAUCAAUUUCAGUAAGAAGGCGGUACGCGGUGAUUAAAUAUUUCGACAACAAUAAUUACUAUGCCUCAAUUCAAAACAAGUUGAUUAGUCGUGGACUACUAGUAUCUCAUCAAUAAUUGUAACGUAUAGAUGAAAUUUAAAGGUCAUGGUACUAUAGGUAUAUAAAAAAAAAGAUUGUUGUAUUACUAUAGAAUUUUAUUUUCUAGCACUUGUUUGAAAAAUAAUUAAAUUUGGUUCUGAAAUUGUAAUAUUAAUAUUUUACAAA